AUGAACAAUUUCAGGUCGGCAGGGAUAUCAUCAGCUGUACUUGGACAUACGCCUUCUCCAUAUCGAUCGAGUGCUCAUAUGAAUGCAUAUACGGGACAAAAUUUCACUCGACCUCAACAUUUUCACGGAUCUUUUCAACAAAAUAUGUGCAAUGGGUACGGAAGCGCAAAUGAUGGAACACAAUCACGCAACGGUUUAGGGAGUUCAAGUAUAAGUACUCGUAGGAACAGUACUGGUUCACCAGUUCCAUCAUUAAGCUUGACUAAUGUUUACAUUCGUGGACUUGAUCAAAAUACAACCGAUGAAGAUCUGAGAGAUAUGUGCGCAAAAUUUGGCCGAAUAGCAUCAACCAAAGCAAUUAUGGAUAAAACAACUGGUCAAUGUAAACGCUACGGAUUUGUUGAUUUCGAAGAAGCGGCUGAUGCGAUGCGUGCUGUUGAAGGUUUGAAUCAAGAAGGGAAGGUACGAGCGCAAAUGGCUAAGGUAAUUGUUGGUUGCAAUCGAUUGCUUUUUUGGAAUAUAUAA